AUGUCCGAAGUGUUUGGAGCUCGGUAUCAAGAACUCGUUCUUCUGCUCACAGGCGCUAUCCCCUCCGGUGAUUCGCUGGAAGAUGAAAGUUUCGCUGGUUACAUAUUCUCUGGCAACUUACGACCUGCAAGAAAGACACCGAUGCGCACUUUGCCAGACUCAAUCAAACGACCGGACUACGCAGAAUCAGGUAUACCAUAUUCGGAGCGGAAAGCCAAGGACGAUCGAGACAUUCUGACGUUGAAUGAUGAGGAAAUCGAAGGCAUGCGUUUAACUGGCAGGGUGAGUUGUCGAAUAUUCUUUAUUUUCCGCAUAAUUUGA